AUGACAGCAUCAACGAGAAACGACGUCGAUGAUGCUUUUCUCAAGCGCACUGCUUAUAAUAUUACCGGCAGAGAAGAAAAUGAGAAAAAGACAGAAUUUGUUUAUUCACCCGAAGAGAAGAAACUCCUGCGCAAAAUCAAUCUCGUCACUGUACCAUUCAUAUGUGUUAUAUCAUUCAUUCAGUUCCUGGAUAAAUAUACUCUCAACUUUUCUGCAGCCAUGGGCAUUUUCGAAGAUACUAAAAUUACCGGCAAUCAGUACAGUUGGCUAGGGUCCAUAUAUUAUUUGGGAUAUCUUGCAUUUCAGUUCCCGAACCAGUACUUUCUACAGAAGAUUCCUAUUUCAAAAUAUCUUGGUGCAUCACUUAUAUUGUGGGGCAUCACCGUUGGCUGUACUGCACUUGCACACAACUUUUCUGAGUUGGCAGCUUUGCGUUUUCUGUUAGGGCUUAUUGAGUCCGUAAGUUACCCAUCGUUAUAUCUACUUAUCAGUAUUCUAUAUCGACGCACGGAACAAGUUAUAUGGCUUGGAGCAAUUCCUGCAUGUAACGGGUUAGGUGUUGCAUUUGGAGGCUUAAUCGGAUUGGGAUUCUUGCGUUUGGACGGUGCUCAUGGUUUGCGAGCAUGGAGAUGGUGCAUGAUCAUUUUAGGUUGCCUUACCGUCGGUGUUGGGUGUAUCACAUUCCUUUUUCUACCCGACACUGCAAAAUCUCCAUGGUAUCGCCUUUCUCCAGGGGAGAUAGAUAUAGUUGAUGAACGCAUACGAGAUAAUGCAGUCGUACAAAGCAAGACAAUCAAAUUUGAACAAAUAGUAGAGAGCCUAAAAGAAACGCGAUUCUAUUGCUAUAUCCUCAUCAGUUUUUUAAAUCAGCUGGUGAAUGGUUGCUCUACCUUCUUCAGUACGAUGAUUAUCAAAAGCAUGGGAUUUUCGAAUACACAAUCCAUUCUACUGAACAUCCCAUCCGGAAUUGUUUCUAUCCUUCUCAUGACUGCAGCGAUAUACUUCAGUUAUCGGUUUAACGAGAUAUGCUACGUUGGCGCCGUGAUGACCGGUGUAAAUUUUUGCGGAAUACUUUUACUGGUCACUCUUCCGAUUAGUGGCGUGAUGCUCCUCGGUCUCUUUUUAACGAGUACUGGAAUGUCGUAUCUAUUUCUUCUCGCAUUAAUCUCCAGCAACUGCACAGGUUAUACAAAAAAAGUUUUUACCAAUAGUGCCAAUGUUGCUGCAUUUUGUCUUGGUAACUUCGUGGGCCCUUUGCUGAUGCGACAAGAACAAGCGCCACGAUAUCUUGCUGGGAUGAUUACUUACUUGGUUGCAUUGGCUACAUCCAUCAUCUUGUUUUUGUACGUGCGCUAUACAUACGCUUGCGAUAACAGAUAUCGAAAGCAUUUGAAGGAGGAGAACAAGCUACUACCACAAGUCGAAGAACGAGAACAAAUUGAUAUGACAGAUCGACAAGAUUUACAUUUCUUAUACCGCCCUUGAUUCGUUCCAGUAUAUUCUACGCAUUUAACGAGCGAUUACACUAUGAAACUAGUAUACGAUUACAUUAUCUCGCCUCGUACCUGCAAAUAAUAGCUGAUCCCUACUUUUUAAGCAUUUGUAUUUGUUAUGUACAUGUCGUAUUACUAUAAAAUAAUUGACGAGUGCUGCACACUCCUGUCUAUUUUUGCGGAUUACAUGUCUAAUGCAGCGCAGUAAAAUUACGUACAUCAUUGAAG